AUCUAUAAAUAUGCAAAAAACUAUUUCAACAGGUGAUUAAGAUUAUAAUAUUGUGAAAGCUGAGUAUCAUUAGGAUUCUGAUGAUGAAUAAUAAGAAAAAUAAGAGAAAAGCUCAAAAUUAGUGAUAGAGGAGGAUGAUGAAGUUCCUUUAGAAUAAAAUUAAUAAAAAAGUACUAAUAUAAAACAAGAAGUAUAAUAACAAUAAUAAGUGUAAAAAUAAUAAGAAAUUUAAAAGCAACCUAUUGAAUAGCCAAAAAAGGUUGUUAGUUAAGUUUAUCCAAAAUUCAUAGACUUUGAUUAUUAAGACAUUAAUAUUAAAUUCAAGCAGGAAUGGAAAGAUAAAAGGAAAAAUCCUGAGCCAAAUAAAUUUGAGAAGAAAGCAGAAAUAGAAAUUAAAGAGCCUAUAUUAUAUACAAUGGAUAAGAAAAAAGCAAAACAUGGAAGAUCAUUUUUUACUUCUUUGUUUUCUACAGAUUUUAGAUAUAUCUAUAUAAAUGGUGGAUAUUUAUAUAUCCUAUAAUUAAAGAAUGACAAGAUGUUGGUGAAGAGUGUUAAUUCUUUAUAGAGAUUAUUUAAAAUAAUACUUAAAGGAGAUUAAAUUUAGUUAUGUUUUAUCAAUGCCAAUUUAGAUAAAACAAAACCACCUAAUGUAUAUUUUAAUUUAAAAAUUAGAUUAAAACAUAUCAAUUUUUAAAAGGUAAAGAACAAAAGGAGAAAUUAUUAAUGAAAAUAAGAGGAGAGAUUAAUAAAUUAGGUUAUGAUUUUGAUUUAAUGAAAUGA